UCUGUUUGCUCUACUACUCUCCUGCUCUCGAUCUGGGCGGAGAAGCGCUGUGGCCGCAGCUUUAGGCGCGUGUGAAAUCUGUGAAAAUUUGCCUACAAGAAGUGAAGAAGUAAAGAAGGAAAAAAGUGAAAAUUGGUGAAGAAGACGUUUUAGCUGCAAUUCUCAGCAAUUAAACGAGGCCGAAGCGGAAAAUGAAAGCGGGCCGCGCAUUCAGCUGCCUCUUCUGGGCGUUGCUCUACUGUGUGCUAUACCUGGACCUGGUCAACGCCAGCGAGGAGGAGCUGCUGGAUUUCGAUUUUGCCGAUGCCAAGGAAUUGGAUGCCGCCGCAGCCAGCAACGAUGACUGGCAGCUGGCCGACGAGCAGCUGGCGGCACAACAGGCCGAAAAGAAGCUGGAGGACAACAUGCUGGACUUUAGCGUGGAUCUGGAUGAACCGGAGCCGGAGAAACAGUUGCCGCAAUUCGAUUGGCGUGAACGGGUGUUGCGCACGGCAUUGUCCAAGGCUCUGACGGAUCGCGCGCUGCGCCAGAAGUUCGCUGAAGUGAUGCCCAUACUGCGUGUCCUAUCCUCGCAGCAGCGUUUGGCACUCUCGGCUCUGAUCUCGGCUCAGAUGAAUGCCAAACAGGGUCACGAGCUGCGGCUUGAGCAGGUUCGCAUGAUGUUUGGCGACGAUAAGAAGCUGCUGCUGCCCAUUGUCUACGAUCUGGCGAAUCUGGUGAAGAGCUCGGCGCGCAAGCAUAUACAGCUGAGCGGCGACUUGGCAGCAAUUGCGCUGCGACAGACGCCGCUGCAGAAGCGCAAAGAUCUGCUGACUGUGGAGGAGUCGGAGCAGGACGACAGCGUGGGCACCAUUGAUGUGAGCAGCCAGCCGGCGGCGGAUCAGGAGCAGGCGGCUAGCUCACUGGAGGACUUUUUCGAGGAGAUGCAAUCGGAGGUGCUCGAUCCGCAGAUGAUCAAUGAGGCGCUCACUGCCCCACAGCCGCUGCCAUCGCCCAAGGCGAACGCCACUCGCGGCAGGCGGGUGCGCCGCGCAGCCAACGAAUUUGUGCACAAGCUGACGCGCUCUGUGCCCGUCUCGGUGAGCGAGCAGCAGCUGCUGGGCGGUGCAGCGGGCCGCACUAUCAAGCUGAACACCACCGCCUUUCAGCUGCCCAGCGCCACAGCCACUGCCUCCACAUUGCCGCCCACGCCCACGCAGUCGUAUGAGGAAAUCGAGGAUCUCGCCUUUGCCGGCCUCAACGGCACCCAGCUGCCGAUCUCUGCGGACGAGCGGCUCUAUGAGGUGAGCAAUGGCAACAGCAGCAGCAGCGCCGAGGAGCCGCUGCCCAGUCCCGAGGAGCUGAUCGCGGGCCCACGCUAUCGCAGCCACAAGCGACCGCCGGCCAGCCACAAGAUGCCGCCCAUCAAGCGGAAGCGCGUCCAGAACUCCCUCUACAGUCGCAGCCGGCCGAAGACGUCGGCCAGCGCCCACAGCCCCGUCGUGGUGGGCCACAAGAAGUGCGAGCGGUUCACCAACAACAUGUGCAUACGUACCGACGACUAUCCGCUGUAAGAUCCGCUUAGUUAGUUGGUUGGUUUGCUCUCGGUUCCCGCCCUAGUCUAGUUGUCGUAAGAUGUUUAGCUUAAAAAUAAAAAGUAAUUUAUUUCUGGUACACCUCCUCCAAAUGCUUUUGCACACGUAUAUAGUAUAGUGGUUUCGGUGGUCGGUUGUCGGUGGUUCCCCUCAUCCCUCUCUUCCUCUCAUACUUAACCUCAGCCAAACACUCUCUUCUUCACACACAACACUC